AUGGUAGCUAUCGUAAAGAGAACUAUCACGAAGAAGAGAAGACCACAGCGACCCAUCAGCAGACCGAGGAGACAGGCUAAAAUCGCAGAAAGUACCAUAACGCCCUCCCAACAAGUGCUUAAUGUGACAGAGGUGGCCAUUACUGAUGCGUACGUCACAUCUGGAAAGGGAAAGAAAGGCGCGCCAACAAAGACCAAAAGCGCUGAGCCCUUGUCGAAUGAAAUCAUCAUUACCAUUAUCGUCAUUAUAGCGCUUUUGGGGUUGUUGUUCUGGAUAUUCGUAGUUUUAUAUGAGCGAGAACGGAGGGCGAAGAAAUGGGAGGACUAUAAGAUCUAUAAGCUGGAGCUUCGGGAAUACAAGCGUCGGGUAAGCUAUAGCGAUACAACUCAUUCUUUCACAAAUAAAGACGUCGCAGAUGAAACAAAGAAGGAAAAGAAGAAAGAAGUACAAAAAGAAAGACAAAAUCGCCAAAAAGGUACAGAUUUCUUCGUGUAUGACUCUGAAUGA